AUGUCGCUGUGUCCAUCCUGGGUCUGGGCCUUUGAUUCGAACGUCCAUGUCGCCAAGGAUAGGGACUGGUUUACAGACAACUACGUCUCCUUCAAUUCCUCGGUCGAGGAUAGAAGCGGCAACCGUUACGAAGUCAUCGGCGUCGGCACCGUCAGACUUCGCACCCAGAAAAAGCCAGGCUUGUCCGGCGACGCCAGCCGCGGCCAAAUCUGGCUGACCAAAGUCCUGCAUUGUCCAACGAUGCCCUGCAACAUCAUCGGCAAACCAAUCAUAGAGGACUACCUCAUCACGCCCUUUCAUUAUGAAGCUUCCUUGGACGACAUUUUCAACAGCGGCGAUCCAUUCGCAUAUAUCAACAAUUAUCACAUUGACAUGCGGGAGCACCCAGAGCUGGCCUAUUUCAAGCCUGUGUUUAGGGGCGAUUAUUGUUGGCGCCUGUGCCACCUCGUUCUCACGCCGCCCCCUGAGGGUGUCCAUGUUGGACCGCGGGUUUUCGAGCGCCGCAAGGCCAAGGAGUACAAUAUCCACGCGGAGUUGGCCAGCGAUGAGCAAGAGAGACUCAAGCGUGUGAUUGCCGGAAUCGAUACCUCUGGCCCUGACUUCCUGCGUCCGGAAGAGGAAGAGUGGCUCAAGUUCCAUGAUGGCAGCGAGGAGAAGUUCCUUGCUAGCCGUGGAUUCGAGAUCGAUGUCGAGCAGGAUCGCAAGGACGGCCGUGCUAUCCUGCGGGAUAUCAUUGCUGGAAAGAAAAACUGGACCGAGACGACUUAA